AUGAGUGCAGCAGACGAUGCAAAAAACCGGGCUUCAGAAGCCGAGUCAUCGACACAUCCAAAAACGGCGGAUGCACCUCCGGGUCAGCCGGAAAAAAUUCUGCCGAUUGCCUCUUUUUUAAGUGCCAACAAUCAGCCAGAAGCUGAGGACGCUGUUCGUGAGCAAGGGAAGACCAUAAAGCGAGAUCCAAGAGCUAUUUCUCGAGAAAAUCGCCGGAAAGUAUCGAUCAAAGCAUGUGAAAUCAACUGGGGCCCAGCUGAUCGUGUUGAAUGUGGUCCAAACUUUGAAAACUCGGGCAUGGUGAUGGAGUUCGACCAAAUUUUUCUGAAUAAGUGGGGUUCCGUGAAGAACUACGUGAGGAAUAUGAUCUUUCAUACUCCUGUGGAAUGCAUAGGUUGGCUGAAAGCAGAGGAAUAUCAUUGGGGCGGUUGGAUUUUCUAUGCUUAUCAACAAAGUCACAAAUUUAUGGAGUUCCUGGGUCGGUGUCAUUUGCACUGGAGUAAAUACGAAUGCACCCAGGAGAUUGCAGUUCUGAUCAUUAUUCACACGCUGCAUAUAAUUGUCUAUGAAAAAAAUCGUCACAAUCACAAGUGCCCAUUUGGCAAAUAG